AUGCGCGUGACAGCUGCAUUGCCGCUCAUUGUACUGUCAACGGCGUCGGUGGGUAAUGCACUCUCUCUGCAUAGACGUGAUGCGCCAGCAGUCCUGGCAGCACCGUUACAACGUAGGCAGGGUGGAGUUUUGAGUAGAAGGGACACUUCUCCAGUGGAUGUGCCGAUUUUCAACCACCAAAAUGGGAGCUACUGGAUGAAUUUGACUCUGGGAUCGCCUCCACAAAACUUUACACUCGCUCUGGACACGGGCAGCAGUGAUCUAUGGGUUAUUGGGGGAUCGAAGCAAGCAUAUAACGUAUACGACUCGGGUGCAUCGUCCUCUUAUAAAGCACUUGAUCUCCCAUACAACGCAACAUACGCAGAUGGCACUACAGCGCUCGGUACCUACGCGACUGAUAAGUUGGGCUUGGGGGACACAACUGUCAAGGACUUUCAGUUCAUUGUUGUUAAUCAAACUUCUUCUGAUGUGGGUAUUGCCGGCAUUGGGUACAACAUCUCAACAUAUGAGGCUCAACACCUAGGUAAAACAUACAACAACCUACCUUAUGCCUUGGUCGCUAGCGGCAUUACCAAAUCGGCCGCUUACAGUCUGUGGAUGGAUGAUUCUGCAGCAGCUUCAGGAACCAUAAUGUUCGGUGGUGUCAACAAGGCCAGAUACGUUGGCGAACUUCAAACUCUCCCAGUUGUGCCAGUCUACAACAGAUAUUAUUCACUUGCGCUGGCCUUGACCGAAGUAAUUGUGACAACUGGACACUCUAAGAGUUCUACAACCAACCUCCCGCUCGCAGUUUCCCUGGAUACGGGUUCAAGUUGGUCUUCAUUGCCAGAAGACCUUUUUAAGGACAUUCUCGGUGCUCUGAAUGGGACCUACGAUGAUAAAAACCGCGCCGCUUAUGUAAGCUGUGACUUGAUAAAGACAGAUUACAAUGUGACAUUCAGUUUUUCUGGAGCCAAGAUCGACGUGGGCCUGAAUCAACUGGUCUUCGCUGCAACCGAAGCCGGCUGGCCUGCGAAUGCCUGUAUCCUUGGCCUUACCCCCAGUCAGCCGGGUAUCAACAUUCUUGGCGACACGUUCCUGCGUAACGCAUAUGUUGUCUAUGAUCUUGAGAACAACGAAAUUUCCCUUGCCAACACAAACUUCAACCCUGGUAAGGACGAUAUUUUGGAGAUUGGUGUCGGCGCCGACGCAGUGCCUGGUGCCACUCUUGUCCCUUCGGCUGUUUCAACCGCCACUGGAAACGGGGUCCAAACGGCUACCACCGGCAUUGCGAGUGCUACUGGUAGUACAACUACUGGGGGUUCUGCAAAAUCCACUGGCGCGUCCUCGGGCAUGGCUGCAUUGCCCACUGGCAAUGCCAAACAUCUGCUCUCGGGACUAGCGGGUGCUGGUCUUCUCCUGAUGAUCUAA